AUGGUAACUGAUCAGUCAACAAAUACAACUACGAUUGUUGCAACUACUACACCAUCUUCUACAACUACGGGAAAUAUGACAGUAAAUGCAACAAACCUUACAACAAAUCUUACAACAACAAUGCAGAAUGCAACUACUUCUAAUGCUACGAACACUGUCAAUACUUUGGCUAUGGUCAGUAAUAGUAUUAAAAAUCUUUUCAAUUAUUCUAAUAAUGCAACAAGACUAGCUGCUUCAUCUGAUGCAGCGUCUAUGGAUGAUGCCAUCGAUAAUGCUGAAGAUCUUCUUACUGAACUUACAAUGUCAACAUCUGUUUCACCUAGUGAAAUUCAAAAGCUAACCGAAUUAAUAAAUUUCGCAAAAGCUUUCCAGGCACUGGGACCAUAUUUUACAGAUUUUUCAAUGAAUGACUUACCCGUAUCAAAUUACAAUAUGACAGAUCUUCAGAAUACUAAUUCAACUAUCAAUGCACUCAAUAUUACUAAUCCUAGUUACAAACAAAUACUUGAUAAUUUACUAACAAGAAUAGCUGAUGCUUAUCAAAAUUCUGCCGGAGAUUGUCCAUAUUGCAAUAACAAAUCAAGUUCAGACGGAUUUCAGACGAUAUCAAAACAAAAUAUUAGUGAUCCACCUACUAUUAUUAAUGGUACUAUAGCAUCUUACGCAUCUUACAAUGUCAGUAUUCGUCAAAAUGGUACAAUAGGUAAAGGUCGAUAUACAUUAUGUGGUGUACCAAGCUCAAAUGCUACUUUUGUUACAUGUAUAUAUUACAAUCAGAAUAAAACGAAAAUUAAACGAUUCAGAUUAUUACAAAAACCGUGGUCCUGUAAUGUAACUGAUGAUAUUAUACCAUAUGUAGACAAAUUAGAAAUGCGUGUUUUUGGUGUAAAUUCAACUCUAAAUGAUAGUCAUGUUGAUUUUUGUGGUGUUUUUGUAUCACCAAGCAAAAGAGGAUAUACUGUAUCACCUUACUUCUUACAAAACGAUACAGCUGAUAACUAUAAUAAUGUUGAUCAACAAUCUAAUACACUAAAUGAUCCAUCACCUGCCAGUGAAACUGAAUAUAUGUCAGGACAGGGCAAUGAUGCCGCUCAGAUGAAUCCAUCAUCGAUUUCAUCAUGCGAUCAGACAGCACCGUUAAUUAUUAUGAGUAAUUCACCUAAUCUCUUGGUACAAAAUAAUACAUGGCAGAUCGAUGUUGAUCAAACACAUAGCUCACCAGUACUUAUUGAUUCGGUUCGAAUGAUAAUUCCAGGACAACCUCUUACUCAACCUGUUCUUUUAAAAUUAAUCGAUGCCAAUCAACAAGAAAUUGGCUCAUACGAAUCUCAAAUAGAUAGAGAUAAGACUUUAAUUUUUCCAAACAUUCCAUCAGUACCUGUUUCAAAUGUUCAGCUUCAGUUUCCUGACGGUACUCAAUCAGACAGCUAUACGGCAUAUAUUUUGACCUGUUCACAGACCAAUGAUUUACCAUCACCAAAUGACGUCUCAGGAGAUCAAUCGUCGAUGCCAUCGGAUUCAUCCUCAGUUGAAAAUAAUCCUGAUAGCGAACCAACAGACACCAGUGACACAGCGUCUCAAGAUCAGUCUGAACAAGCACCACGUAAGACAUUCGAUAAAUUUCUACUUUUUCAAUAUAAGAAAUGCAGGAAUAGAUAAGAUUUCAUUGUUCGCUGAAGUAUCCGCGAUUAUUUUUAUUCUUCAUAGGCAUUUUUACAUAACUUAAUGCAUCAUCGAGAUUACUUACCAGUUACGCUUUCGAAAGCCAAAUUGGUUUUGUAAAUAAGAUAAAAAAGUUUUCCUCAAGUUCACUUUAUUGAAAUGAAUACAAUAUAUAUGAUUAUUUUC